GAUGAUCCUUACUGGACCUCUAGGGAGGACAGUUUAGAACUGAUACAACUAGUUAGAUUUUUAUUCGCUCAUAAAUUAACUAAUUAUUUUCUCGUAUAGGUAAGCCUACAGUUGAUACGCCAAAAGUCCAGCGUCUGUGUUCACUUUCGUCCUACAAGCCACAGUUACUAUCAUCGCUGGUUAGUAGCGUUGAGAAAGGUGAAAAACAAGCAGGAAAAGUCUCUGACAAGGCAGAGAGUGUCUCAUCAACCAGCAAAGGCUUCUUACCUGGGAUGUUUAAGGAACGAUGAACAGUAACGCGACUACAGAAGGCUACUUAUGGUUACGGACAUAUGAAACUUUUGGAUUAACAUUAAUAAAUAUAUCAUUAUCUGAAAAAAAAAUUUGUUUCAUAUAUUUUGCUAAUUACGCGAAUGAAAACCAAUAUUGCAUCUGAUUACGCUUAGAAAUUAGCAAAGUGGUUACAAUUUCUUGGGUGUGCUGUGUUGUAGGAAUUGCCACAUUUGUACUUUGUUUAUAAAACAUAAACAUUAACACGUGGAAUUUCAAACAUCGUGUGGGUUUUUAACUGUUUUCUUCAAAAUACAUCAAAUUCCGUAGUAUACAAGAUGAGUCUUGAAGCGAUCAAGUACAGUCCUGGACAUUUAGAGAUAUUAAAUCAAUUGCUUUUACCCCACCAGUCCAUUUAUGAAAAAGUCAACAAUACUGAAGAUGGAUGGCAGGCCAUACGACAAAUGAAGGCAACAUUUAUUAGUUUUUAUACACUAAACUGUUCUCCCUAAAGGUCCAGUAAGGGCCAUCCUUUAUGGGUUGACUGUUACUACAGGAGGAAACCUAAACUAAACUAACUUUAUUUAUACUGGAUAGUUCUAUCAGUUCUAAACUGUUCUCCCUGGAGGUCCAGUAAGGAUCAUCCCUUAUUGAUCCUGUGUUACUACAGAAGGAAACCUAAACUAAACUAACUUUAUUUAUACUGGAUAGCUCUAUGAGUUCUAAACUGUUCUUUCUAGAAGUCCAACAAGAAUCAUCUCUUGUUGAUCCAGUGUUGCUACAGGAGGAAACCUGAACUAAACUAACUUUAUUUAUACUGUUAAAGUGGCCACUGCCCCCAAUGAUGUUAUAAAAUUUUUGCUUGUCAGGUCCGAGGUGCACCUGCAAUUGCAAUUGUUGGAUCUCUCAGUCUUGCUGUUGAACUUGCAUCGAAAAACAUUGAUACAGUUGACUGCCUUGUAGAUUGGGUUGCGGCUAAGUUAGACUACCUCGUCACAGCACGACCAACUGCCGUUAAUAUGGCAACAGCUCGUGACAAUCUCAAACAUUUUAUGAAGUUGAAAAAACAAUCGGAAAUCUCUGCAGAGAAAAUGAAAAGUAGUUUAAUCAACGAGAUUGAGGGUAUGCUUGUGAAAGAUAUUUCAGAUAAUAAAGCCAUCGGUUCCAAUGGAGCCGAACAUAUGAUGAGAAAUAUCAAAGCCGAGAAAAUUGUUGCCUUGACUCAUUGUAAUACUGGUUCACUAGCGACAGCAGGUUUUGGUACAGCAUUGGGCGUGGUCAGAGCAUUACAUGAAAAAGGUGCCCUAGAUCAUGCAUAUUGUACAGAGACCAGGCCGUAUAAUCAAGGUUCGAGGUUAACAGCGUACGAGUUAGUUCAUGAUCACAUCCCAGCCACCUUAAUAGCAGACUCAAUGGUGUCGAUUACACUGAAGGAGAAAAUGGUGUCGGUUAUUGUUGUUGGGGCAGAUAGAGUCGCUGCAAAUGGUGAUACUGCAAAUAAAAUCGGAACUUAUCAAUUGGCUAUUUCAGGUGAGGAUAAGAUUUCUGAUUUUAAUUUAAUUUCACAGCUGCAUCGAUCUUGAGAAGUGUUUUUGUAGUGUGACUCUGCCAAACACAGCAAUUGUAUGCAUCUAUAAGAUGGCUCUUACUGGACUUCUAGGGAGAACAGUUUAGAACUGAUAGAAUUGUCCAGUAUAAAUAAAGUUAGUUUAGGUUUCCUCCUGUAGUAACACUGGAUCAAUAAAAGAUGAUUCUUACUGGACCUCUAGGGAGAACCGUUUAAAACUGAUAGAGCUAUCCAGUAUCAAUAAAGUUAGUUUAGUUUAGGUUUCCUCCUGUAGUAACACUGGAUCAAUAAGAGAUGAUCAUUACUGGACCUCUAGGAAGAACAGUUUAGAACUGAUAGAGCUAUCCAGUAUAAAUAAAGUUAGUUUAGUUUAGGUUUCCUCCUGUAGUAACACUGGAUCAAUAAGAGAUGAUCUUUACUGGACCUCUAGGAAGAACAGUUUAGAACUGAUAGAGCUAUCCAGAAAAAUAAAGUUAGUUUAGAUUUCCUCCUGUAGUAACACUGGAUCAAUAAGAGAUUAUCCUUACUGGACCUCUAGGGAGAACAGUUUAGAACUGAUAGAGCUAUCCAGUAUAAAUAAAGUUAGUUUAGGUUUCCUCCUGUAGCAACACUAGAUCAACAAGAGGUGAUUCUUACUGGAUCUCUAGGGAGAACAGUUUAAAACUGAUAGAAUUGUCCAGUAUAAAUAAAGGUAGCUUAGUUUGUUCCAGUCAAAUUUUAAUACAUUUAUGUUCCCUUUCAGCAAAAUACCACAACGUGCCAUUCUACAUAGCAGCUCCGAGCACGUCCGUAGAUCUUACAUGCAAAUCAGGUGGGGACAUCGUCAUCGAAGAACGACCGCUGCAAGAACUCACCCACAUACAAGGGCACCCCAUAGCUGCCCCCGGUAUCGCAUGUUGGAAUCCUGCCUUUGACGUGACCCCCGCUGAACUUAUAACUGGGGGGAUUGUGACGGAAUUUGGAGUCUUUAGACCUUCAGAACUACAGGACGAACUUGAGAAGAGAUUGAACAGUGACUGAGGAUUAACUGGAGGAAAAACUUUGAAAUGUUGAUUUGAUUACGGAAUUUAGGCAAUAGACAGAAAGGCAAUAGGCACAAAAUAAAAUCAACUGAAAAAUGUGAAAAUCAAGUGAAAAAUGAAAUAAAUGAUAACUUCAGUGUAUGGCAG